AUGUCGGAUGUGUCGAACUCCUUCUCAGCUUGGGAGACCCUGCCGGAGGACGAACCUCCGCUGUGCAUCGCAGUUCGACGCCCAGUGUCACCUCCACGCCACUAUGAGGCGGAGAGUGAUCGAAAUCUGGCAGCGGUAUUCCAAGCCAAUGCAAUUAGCUUUCUGUACUUUGAAGCCGCUUUCGACUCUCCUCAUCGAGGCCUUCUUCUCAACGCGCUCCUCACCGAUGGAGUACCAGGAACGUUCGUUCGCUUGCUUGAUGAUAAGAAUCAAGGAACAACUGCUGCUGUUCGAACACCAGCCGGAUGUACAAUACCGUUUGAGGUGGUAACUGGAGUAAGAUGA